AUGGAUGAUUUAUUAUCAAGAAGUGAUUCAGAUUAUUCAAAAUAUUGGAUUGAUUGGUUCCUGGGGAUUAAAGGAAAUGAAUUUUUUUGUGAAAUUGAUGAAGAAUAUAUUCAAGAUAAAUUUAAUUUAACUGGAAUUAAUACUGAAGUACAACAUUACAAUUAUGCUAUAGACAUGGUGACAGAUGUGUUUGACCAUGAUGUUAGUGAAGAUCUUCGAGACCAAGUUGAAAAAUCUGCACAGCAUCUUUAUGGAUUAAUUCAUGCAAGAUUUAUUCUUACAAGUAGAGGGCUCCAAAAAAUGCUUGAAAAAUAUAAAAAAUAUGAUUUCGGCUGUUGUCCUAGGGUUUUUUGUCAUUCACAAGCACUUUUGCCUAUUGGUUUGUCAGAUAUCCCUAAUUCAAGUUCUGUCAAACUUUACUGUAUAAAAUGUGAAGAUAUUUAUACGCCCAAAUCAUCACGGCAUGCAACAAUUGAUGGUGCAUACUUUGGGACUACUUUUCCACACAUUAUGCUUCAGGUUUACCCUUAUUUGAUACCACAAAGAAGUCAGGAGCGAUACGUACCCAGAAUUUUUGGCUUUAAAAUUCGAGAAUACUCUAUUAUCCAUCAACUUCAAGAUAUAUACAAAAAAAAACAAGACGUAAGACUGGAUACUAUUAAAGAAAAUGAAGAUAUGCAGAAAAAUAAACAAACACUUUAA